GUGCACCUGCAAACGCUACCUCAAGCCAGCAGAUACAGUACGUGGAGACUAGAGAGCGAGCUAGAUUGUUAGAAGCGCUAGGUACAGGGCGAUCGAGCUCGUUGGACGUCGAGUCGAUCAGCAAGCUAGGUCGGUCCCAUGGCGAACGCGGGUCUGAAGCCGGUGGCGGGGCUGCUGCUGGUGCUCAACUUCUGCAUGUACGUGAUCGUGGCGGCGGUCGGCGGCUGGGCCAUCAACCACGCCAUCAACUACGGCUUCUUCAUCGGUUCCGGCCUGCAGCUCCCUGCGCACUUCUCCCCGAUCUACUUCCCCAUCGGCAACGCCGCGACCGGGUUCUUCGUCAUCUUCGCGGUGAUCGCCGGGGUCGUCGGCGCGGCCGCCGCGCUCGCGGGGUUCCACCACGUCCGCGCCUGGAGCUCCGAGAGCCUGCCGGCGGCGGCAUCAUCCGGGUUCAUCGCCUGGACGCUCACACUGCUCGCCAUGGGAUUGGCCGUCAAGGAGAUUGAGCUGCACGGCAGGAAUGCCAGGCUGAUCUGCAUGGAGUCCUUCACCAUCAUCCUGUCGGCGACGCAGCUCUUCUACCUGCUCGCCAUACACGGAGGGAGGUGAAGAAAAGCAGAACCUGACAUGACUGAAGAUCGGUUACAGUGUCGAAUUGAGGUGGCGUGCAUAUGUGGUUUCAUCGGUUUGUUGCGGGUUAUUUUCUUCCGAGAUGGAGAGGCAGUACGUAUGUGUAUCUGUGUGUGUUUGUGUUAAUUACGUACGGCAUGUGCGGGGGCUGGUAAAUUAAGUGGUGUCUGUCAACUGUCAUGGUGCGUUCGAUUGGUUCACUGUGAUUCGUCGAUUGUUUCCGAGAUGGAGAGGGAGUAUGCGAGUGAGCAAUCCAUGCAGCUGUUGAUUUGAUCAAUGUCAUGAUGUGGUAAAUAUUUAUUUGAUUGCUUCCUA